AUGUCUACCAACAUAGAUAGAUCUCUAGGUGAGUAAAUCAGGAUGUUUUACUGGCAUAAUCUGAAUAUUUAAGCUUUUUUCUCCUGGAACUAGUAAAAAUUACCCACGAGAUGUUUCAUUCUCGCUGUGAUGGAUUUAGAUAGCUUUGUUUGCGAUCGUGAACAACCUACCUCGUAGCUUGCAUUCAUGCACUGUUUAUUGAUUUAGGAAAAGGUUUAGGAAAGCAUUUGAAUUGAUGGAGCAUAGAUCGAAACCUUUCUUGCCCAGUUGAUUUGAUCCGUCGCUUUUUCAGAACAUGUGGUAUCAAUCAUCGAAAAGAUUAAGUUAGUAACGGUGACAAAAAUUUUGCGAUUGAUCUUAGAUCUUUUUCUUGCUAACCUGAUCGAUUUUAAUAGUAUGUUCUGUAAAGAUAAUGCAGAGUAUUUUUUUGCGCGGAUUUGAAAGAAUGGAUUAAGUCUCGAAGGGUAAAUUGAAGCUUUAUCUUUGUAGCGUUUGAUUGUAUUAACGGUUGCAAUCUGUUCAAAGGUUGAAUGGGAUAAUUUAUUAAUUGUGUUUACAUUAUAUUUACGGUUUUUACUAUCAAAGAAAUACUAGAGACUUUUUUUUAACCCUUGAACUCCAAUGAAUGACCAAGACAGACCUUCUCCUAACAAUAUCUUUACAAUAUCAAGCAGAAAAUUUAUGAGAAUAACAAAAAAAGGAAUUAUAGGAUUAUCACUUGAUCCAAAUUCUCCAAACUAAAAUCAUAAGAAUUGUAUGGUAGACAGUAAGGAGAAUUGCUGAUGAGAUCUUGGGAAAUUGAAAGGUUUAAAAUGUAGCCUCUUUAUAAAUAAAUAUUUUCAGUGAAAAAGGGGAGACCCAGAUAUUGCUUUGAGUUGAAUUUCUUGGCUCUAUUUUUCAAAGAUGACAUUAUCAAAGACCAGAAAAAGCUAAAAAAGAAAGCUUUGAAAAAGAAGACACAGCAAACACAGAAAAAAGGAACACAGCAGCAGCUCAAGACUAAACAGGGUAACAAGGGAACCUCCAUUAAACAAAAUCAGAGAAGAAGAAUAGCUGGAAAAAAUGCUGGUCAGUCUGCACAACAGAGACAGGGAGCCCAGGGUCGAAACAGGCCAGCAACCAGGAAGCAAAAGGGUCAGGUGGCUCAGCAAAGACAAGGCAGUGGUAAUCAGAGCUACAAGAAAAACCAAAAUUUACAAAACAAAGGAAGAACUCGGGGAGCUAAAGUGGCUGCAAAUAGACUUAAAAACAAGCAGAGUAUGGCACAGAAGGUACAUCUUUUUUUCUUCUUUUGCUCAAUGGUUGAUUUGUUGUGCAUUAAAGAGAACCUUGCAGUUUCUUAGACAGUCUGCUAGCUAACAAGCUGACAUGAAAAAAUUUGUUAACUUAGCCUCCUCAUUUCACCAUUCCACAGCACAAUUUUAAUAUCUAAUAAAUAACUCUAAUCAAUAUUGUAAUCAAAGAAUUGUUGUUGAUUUGAUUUAACACAAUUAACACCCAGGAUCUGAUUGUGAACGCUUUCCUUUAGCUGCUACACAUCUCCUAGUAAAUUAGUGAUCAGAAUUUGGUGUUGGAUCAAGAUAACAACUUCUACCUGAGAAGUUUAAAAAUUCUCAUUACCUGUUUGCUGGAUAAUGUAUAGAUAUAGAAAGAAGUUACAUGUUGAUCAAUUCUGGGAGUUAGAGGGUUAACCCUUUCACUCCUACAUGUGACCAAGACAGAAUUUCUCCUUUCGAUGUCAAUACAAUAUCAAGCAGGCAGGUGAUGAGAAUAGAGAAGAAUAUCAAUCAUGGGAUUAUUAGUUGAUCCAAUACCAAAUUCUCCGAACUAACAUCAUAAGAAUUGUAUGGCAGAUAGUAAGGAGAAUUACUAAUUAGAUCUUGGGAUUGAAAGGGUUAAUCUCAUUCAAUGAUGUUGGGUGAAUAAAAACUUGUUAUGCUCGGCACUCUUCGCAAUAGCCUAGUUUCCAUGCUGAGGAAAGUAGGCAGGGUAUAAAAUCUAAAUUUUAUCUUUUUGUUAAUGGGUGUGUGUUUGAAUUGUGUCAUUUGAGUCUUAAGUGAAGAAUUUGUAAGUGCUGGUUGAUGAUCUGGACCUAAAAGGCAGCUGUGAUGCCAUUUGUAACCUCUUUUACGUUAACUACUGACUUAGAAAGAAAAUAAGUGUCAUAGAGCUUUUGUAUUUAAUGUUUAUAUCAAAACCCGUGAUUGCAAAUUCUGAUGUUGAUCUGUGAAGGUCUGCGAUUUAAAAGAUUGUUUCUUAUCUGCACUGCAGAGUAAAAAGAUUAUUUCCAAAGCCAAGCAAAUUCAACAGAAUAGAAGGCUCAGUAACAGACAAACUCAGCAAAAGAUGCCAGACAAAAUAUCAUCAACAACAGAAGAGGAAUGCAGGUAAUUUCUAAUAUGCAUGUGUAUUAUUCUAGUUUUACUUUGAAAUUAACCCUUUAACUCAUGACAUCAGUAUGCAUAUUCUCUAUACUGUUCUCUAUACAUUUCCUAAGGUGCUGACAAGGAGAAUUUGUUUGACAAUCAAGAGCUUCUUUAGUUGUAGAUCAUUUCCUUUAUUCUCAUUAUGGUAUUAGGUGAUUCAGGGGUGACAUUGUAAGGAGAAAUUAAGUGCUGGUCAAUCUAAGAGUGAAAGAGCUGAUAUCAUUAUUUUCCCAUGAACAUUGAAGUUUAGAUACUCUUUGCAAGCCUUUGAAUAAUUUUUGCCUGUUUACUGUUUAUUUUAAGAUAAACCGACAAAACAAGGCACAGAAUGUGAAAAGUCUUGGAGCCACUAGACAGCAACAGCGAAACAGGUGUGCAUCCUCAAUCAUUAGCUGUGAGUUUUCUAUGGCAGUAAUAUUUUGUCAGUCAAAUCCACCGAUAGUCGUGAACCUAGCUUGAGGAAGGCAGUUGUCUGUGGAAUCAUAGAUAUCUUCCAUCUUCUUUUUAAGUGUAUCUCAGAGGUUUCAAUUAAAGCUGAUUACUGAUGGUCCAUCAUUACCUGUACCACCUGUGUGUAAUUUUUUUUCCAGUAAUUAAUAACUGAAUUUAACUUGAAGUGUAUUUUUGAAUUUAGUUUCGCUGAACAGUUUUUCAUCAUUAUACAGUGUAAAUAAAUGUUGUUGUAUCGUUUUACCUUAGGUGUAAAUUAUGGUUUCCUUGGGUUGUCAUAUUGUUUGUCUACAUUGUUAUUAUAGGCAUACUGUAUUUUUAUGAAAUGUUAAAACUUUUGUGAUGCUUUUCAGGCGUGGUAUGCAAGGUCCUCAGCUAACUGUGUCCAUUAAUAAUCCGAGAGCAACGUGAGUAGCAACGUCUUUGUUGCAAAGAUGUGACUCCUCUUUAUUGUUUACUGACCUCUACAAUAACAUGAAAAUUCUGAUUUUAACAGCCAAAGUUGCAAUUUUGUGUCGUUCUGUGGCCAGAUAUUAUUUUGAGGGUCAUCUACAAUGUAAAAGCAGAGACAAAAAAAUUGGGUGGCACUCCUGCAAUCACAAUUUAAGAAAUACCAGCUUUGAACCAUAUCAAACAGCAUGGUCAUUUUACUUGACAGGUCCGUAAUGGGGGAUCAAUAUCAGUGUUUGGGCAACUGCCCACCCACCCCUCCCCUAACCCAGCAACAAUCAAUUGAUAACAAGUGAGGGUUAAUGUUGGGUUAGGGGAGGGGUAGGUGGGCAGUCGCCCAGAUACUGAUAUUGAUCCGUAAUACAAUUUAGAGCAGUGUCAAAUACAUUUUUGAUGGUAUUCUCAACUCCCACAUUUUCAUGUUAUUGAAAAGUGCAGUAACUUGAUUGGUUGAGAGGAUUACGUGAGUUUUCUGGACCAAUCACUGAACAAAAUGACAUAAAACCAAUGCAAUCCCAGAUUGAAAUCAAUGAUUAUUUGAAAAUUACUCUAUGUUUACAUUUCCAGUUCAUUGGCAAUUUAGACACAUGGUAUUCUUUGAAAAGACAUUGUUUGUUUAUCAUGUACCAAAAAUCACUGUCAGGAAAAAGUCAGAUACAUAAUUUUUAACGUGUAGGUUGACAAGAACCCCACAGUGGAAACAGCCUGUGAGUCAACAAACUAAUCCAAGGAACAGGAGAAGAUGGAGAGGAAAGUUUGGAGCAAACAAUCCAAGAGGCGUGGGUCCAACUGAGGAUCUGAGAAUUUCAGUGCCAAAUAAUUUAAAUCAGGUACGAUUAAAUUCUUUUUCAUGAAUAUUUCUUGGUUUACAUUUAGAUUGUACAUUCUGACACAAAAUCAGCCACGAGUGUAAUGAUAUGAACCAUGGAAAGUAAAAAUAACUCUUGGCAAACAAAUGUGCAGCUUUAUUUGCUGAAUUGCCUAUGCGUGGCAGUAAUGUAGUACACUGUUAUGAUGAAGAGUUUCUUUGAUCCCCUAUCAGGACUAACAUCUAAGUUCUCCUCACAAUAUCACCCUUGCAGCACUCAUUAAGGUCAUGAGAAUAAAGGAUAUGAUCACCAACUGAUGAAGCUCUUGAUUGUUAAUCAAAUUCUCCUUGUCAGCACUUUAGGUAAUUAUAGAGAACAGUAUAAAGAAUAUGCAUAUUGAUGAUAGUGUGUAAAGAGUUAACAUGUAAGCAACUACGUUGCAUUAAGACUGAAGAGAUGAUUCCUAAUGCUGUAUAUUUUAAUGCUGUUGUUUUUUUUUUCCUCAAGCCUCCCCCACUCAAGCCACUUGUGUACACAAACUAUUACAAUCCACCGACGAAUACUGCCAUGACUGGGAAGGUAUGUAGUGAAAAACCUAGUAGUGUCAAUAUUUACUAUUUCAGAGUUGAUUUUUUAUAGUUACUCCUCUUUUUAUAAUUUUUCUGUCAUUAGAGGAGGUAAUUCCAUUUCUUCAAUUUUACCAAGAGACUGCAUGGCAUUGUUGUACACUAAGUUAACCCUUUCCAUUCUAACAUUAGUAAGAGUGUAUAUUCUCCACAUUGUUUAUGUAGCCACACUGGACCCUUUAUAAGAGGGGGUGUAUAUCAGUUUUAUGUGUUUUUAUGGUUUGUAACAUCUUUUUUUUCUUCUUUUUUUCUCAUUUCAAUUUAGACAUUCUCCACUCUGGAUGAAAGAUUCUCCAGCAUGUCUCAACACAAACCUAUCAGGACUAUCUUUGUGGAGUAGAAAACACUUUUAAUUUAUUUUUAUUAUUGCCACUGUUUCUUUGGUGUUUUUACUGUUUUUAUUAGUUUAAAACUGUUGUUUAUACAAUAUACUUGUAACUGGCUAAUUAUUUACCUGGACAUGAAAGUCACACGAAUGUGUAAAAUUGUUUUUUCAUUAUUCAAGAUAAGCGACAUAAGGAGUUUGUUCAUGAGUAUUUUUAUACAAGGAGUGCUUUUUUUUUUAAACACUGAAAAAAAAAGCAGUAAGAAACAGCAGGAAGAAGUUGCUAAUGUCUGCCAUCUGUCAAGUCUUAAGCUUGAUGCUCUUUCCUUCAGAUCAAAAAAUUUGACCUCACUUCACCUUGCGAGCUCACACUUCUUACUUGGAGAUUGUCAAUCCCAAUGGGAAAAAAAAAAUCUUACACACAACUCAAGCCUUGACAUACGUUUUGAAAUAUUCAGGAAGUGCAAAAAGAGCUCAACCAGAUCAAGAAUGGAAAGUUGAUGUAAAUGAUCAUGCUUUCCUGUUUCCAUAUUUUCCAAGUACAGUUGAACCUGUUUCUAGUGGUCAUCAUUCCUUGUAUUAACCCUUAAACUACCAAGAUCUGAUUAUUAAUUCUCCCCUCUAGCUGCUACACAUUUCCUUGCAAAUAAGUCACAAGAAUCUGGUGUUAGAUCAAUAAUUCUAACUUCUAUCUGAUGAGUUGGAGUAUUCUCAUUACAUGUUGGCUGAAUAAUGUGUGGAUGUUAUAGGGAGAAGUUACAUGUUAAUCACAGAUGGGAGUUAAGGCUUAAGUGGUCAUGGUCGCCCUUUACUAAGUCCCAAGGCCUCUAAAAAUGUAUUUUUCUCCACCUGUAUUGAACAUUCACCAGAUGCAGGACCUCUCAAACAAAACUAAGAAUCAUCUUUCCAGUAAAAUUUAAUCCAUGAAUGUUUAUCCCCCAAAAUGAACAUCAGUGGUAUUUUUGAGCAAGUUUUAAAAAAUUAGGUGGUCAGUUAUGGCAAAGUAUGGUGUUUUUUAUCUUUUUUUUAUAAUACUCCUAUUCUGUGGAACCUGUCUUAAGUGGACAACUCCAUUCACUUGCUUUUCCAUAUCAAAAAAUGUAAAGCAGUAGAGAAGAUGCUGUGUCAGAACACCUCAGGUUGUCUUCUAGAAUUCUUUUCUCAUCCAUGAUCAGGUCCUACACAGAAAUUCUCAUUCCUUUGCCUUGUAGAAAGUUGACAGGUGUAUACGCCUCUGCUGGUAUUGAGCAGAAAGGCUUGAUGUUUUAUAUUAUUAAUAUAUACUCGAUUUACUGUAUGAAACAAUAUCAACUUAUUUGCUCCAUUUGGAGCUUAGAGUACCUAGUAUGAGAAAUGUUAAUGAGAGAUUAAAAGUGAGGAUGCAGUGUUCUCUUUUAUUGAUCAAUGUGAAGAUCAGCU